AUGGUUGAUACUGCUAAUAUUCAAGAAAAUGCAGCAGAAGAAUCAGACGAAGCACUUUCGCUUUGUGAUUUUCCUAUAAACACAGAUGAAAAUGAUCAGAUCAUCGAGGACUUAUCCAAGAAUCGUGAUAUACAAUCAUCAUCGUCCAAUUUCUUUGAAUUUUUCAGUGAUUUAAGGUCUGAGAUGCCCCACGCAGAAGAAAUUAUUUUCUGUGGUAAACUUUUCCCUUACAAACUCCAACCUGUUAAUGUUCUUGAUGAUGCUCAGGAGCAUCCCCUUAGAGAUGAUCAGAAAUCAGAAGGACGAUUUCAAUCAUGGGAUGAAUUGAGGAUCAUGAGAUCAAACGUUAAAGACACCGGGCUAUUGCGAAGCAGCAGAUCUUUACGAUUUAGGCCCUUUAGGGCAUUGAAGCCAAGGUGGUAUGUUUUCAUGUUUGGGAUUGUAAAAUUUCCACCGGAGAUGGAUCUUCAAGAUAUAAAGAACCGGCAGGUUCGUCGCAAUACCGGUAGUAUUUUUCCGUGGAUUGAUGCGGGAGGGAAGGCUCCGGUGAGCCACAAUGAUCGGAAAAAUACUUGUGGUUACGAUCUGCUAAGGGUGUUAACUUGUAAGAAACAUGCAAAUGUAGCUGUGAAGGCUUCAAUUGGUAUCAUGCCAAGGAAAGUGUAA